GUGUUCUUCAUCGGCCGCUCGCUGUGGGGCCUAAACGGUGGCGGCAUGCAGCCCGGCCUGCAAGCGUUCAUGGGCUUCAUGUGCCUCUCGGAGGCGUACAAGAUUUGGAGGCUCAUGAAGGAGGAGCGCCUGUACACCCACCCUCUGUUCGAGCUCGCCCGGUCGAACACCCGCGAGGUCGGCGACUCCAUGGGCGUCUCCAUGAGGCUCAACAACGCGGAGCGCGACGACCCCGAGGUGUCGAGAAGAGCACCAUCG